CAAAGGGCCUCUCACCCGGGAGCUUCUCCAUUCUGUCAGCUCUCCCGGACAUCCACACCAGACUGGCCCCCGUCCCUCGUGGCAGCCACUGAGCGCAUCCCCGUCCCCAGGGACCAUGGAGUCCUUUAGCUCAAAGAGCCUGGCACUGCAGGUGGAGAAGAAGCUGCUGAGCAAGAUGGCGGGCCGGUCUGUGGCUCACCUCUUCAUCGAUGAGACAAGCAGUGAGGUGCUGGACGAGCUCUACCGUGUGUCCAAGGACUACACGCAUAGCCGGCCCCAGGCCCAGCGGGUCAUCAAGGACCUGGUCAAGGUGGCGGUCAAGGUGGCCGUGCUGCAUCGCAAUGGCUGCUUUGGGCCUGAGGAGCUGGCCCUGGCUACUCGAUUCCGCCAGAAGCUGCGGCAGGGCGCCAUGACGGCGCUAAGCUUUGGGGAGGUGGACUUCACCUUUGAGGCCGCCGUGCUGGCUGGCCUGCUCACCGAGUGCCGAGAUGUGCUGCUGGAGCUGGUAGGGCGCCACCUCACCCCCAAGUCCCACGGCCGCAUCCGCCAUGUGUUCGACCACUUCUCUGACCUGGGUCUGCUCACCGCUCUCUACGGGCCUGACUUCAGGCAGCACCUUGGCAAGAUCUGUGAUGGGCUCAGGAAGCUGCUGGAUGAGGGAAAGCUCUGAGCCUGGACCAGGCCUUGUGCCUUGGCUGACCAGAAAACGACACACCGAGGGCUUCCUAACCCUGCUCUAGGCACUAGCGCUUCUCAGCCCCGGGCUUCAUUCUCUCCCACCGGAGCCUCACUGCUGGGAGAGAAGACCCAUGCGAGGGGGCCUCACUCCCACUCCAGCCCCAGCACAGGAAACAGCUGCCUGAAAAAGGCGAAGUGAAACUUGGAUCUCUGUUCCUCCCACAAGGGACGUCUGAAACAGGGAAGGCCCCUCCCCUACAAACCAAAGGGGACAGAACCCACACAACCUCCUGGAGACACUAAGGACAGAAGCGGGGGGUGGGGGGGUGGCCCUUGGAGACACCCUGGCCCUCCAGCUCUAGGCACAGUGUGGACAGAUACCAGAGGCUCUGUCCCAGGGUG